AUGACUGCCAAUCACGGCAAAUUCGGUGGCAGUCAAUUGGCCAGUAGAAAUUCAAUCCCUGAUCUUACGGAGUCUUUGGUUCCUUUAUCUAUUAUCAUUGAGCGGGUUAUUGCCAGUAUUUUCAAUCAUCUCUCCAUUCUCGCUGAGACGCUACCUUCCGCCCAACCAAAUCAAAGGGCUAUCAAUAUCGUUAAUUUCUCUAUCUCUGCUAGGAAGCACGUAAUCAAAUUACUCGUGUUGUUGCGAUGGGCGCGCGAUCCGAUUGCUGGUUCUGACAAGAUUUCUAUUGCGAGAUCUAUCAAUGAAAUGCUUUGGAGGCAGAAUUUUAUUUUCCAAGCUGCUAUUCAAGGUCUUAGAGAUGUUGGCAUGAGUUUCUCUAAUGCUCGCGUUCCAAGUGCUGAUAUUCUCACUGCUGUUGAUGUUCUACAAUCUGGCACUUAUCAUGGCUUGCCUGUCGGAUUGAGGCGAGCAUUCAAGCCUGAUCCUCCUCUUCCCGCUUCAGCUGUUAUUUCGCACCUCGAUCAACUCAACGACGUUAUUCGUUUUCGUUUACGCACAAAAGAGAUCAUCCCCAACUCUAUGAAACAGAUACCUCAUACGAUCGCAGACGGUCGCGUCCACUUUCAUGUUAAAAACCUCUUUACCUGCUCUGUUACCCUUUCAGGCAGAUCAGACGAUGACAUAUGGUUCCUUCUAUCCGUUCAAUUUGAUAUAGACUCUUCCGACUACACUCAAAGUCCUAAAUUUGCCCUAAGAGACGAAAUUUUAGCCAUAGCAAAUGAUGAAUUGGCAAGCAAACCCCCUAAGUCCUCAAAAUUGGGUGACGCACCUUUAGUACGGCUGUGUAACCUCCUCACAAACCUCUCUCUCAACUACAAGAUGGAGAUACUGCAUACCCAAGCACUAAAAAUGACUAGAAAGACAUGGAAGAACAGAAUAGAUAUGUCUUUCUCUAAAGAUCGUAAAAAUCUCUCGAUUGGUUAUUGGCUGAGGCCACGACAGCAACCUAGGCCCGGCCAAAGCCCUCCUCCGCACCAGAAGCACGAGAGUGGAAGGUUAAACAUAUCAAUUGCUACUGUCCCUUACGAGAAGCAAAAUGCUGUAGAGAGUAUACUCAAUCGCAUAGAAAUCAAGUCCAAGUUAAAAGCGACUGCAUUGGCAGACAAUAUUAUUGACCAGCGUUUGCAAGUAGAGUGGAUCCGCAAUGAUAACACGCAAGUUGGUUAUGCGUCGUUGGAAUUGAACUCUGAUACUCUAUCUAUUGAACGAGUAAUGCUUCAGGCACUUGCGUCGCACAGCGUCGCACUUCUAGAUAGGUACAAAAACGCACUAUGUACAACUUCUAUGUGGUUCAACGACGAUACGGUGCAGCUGCAGAUACCAGAAGUUUUGGGUCUUGGCGUAAGCCCUACGCUACAUGUCCAAGUUUUUGAAACCCAUAAGUUGAUUUUGUCAAUCUCGCCGACAACUGGUCGGCUUAUAGUGAGAGAUCCUAAUGAAAGUGGGACUAGUGCACCAGCUCGCAUUAAGACUCUACUCGAUCGUAUGAAUGAGGCUGGUGGUAUUUCUGACAACACUGCUGUAUUGGUAGAGAUUGUGAACAGACUAAGGCAGAGUAUCGCUAUUGAAGAUAUUGAGCAGAAAUGUUCAUAUCUCGAUCUCAAAGGUAGUCGACGACUCAAAUUCGCUAAAGGAGAAUUAAGUAAGCUCAAACUACAAGCGAGGUUCUGGAUGUUUGUGCAUCUUCCAACUUGUUCAAUUGACUUAAUUGACUCAACCGAAUCAAUUAACUCAACCUCAAACACUCUGUUUACAAUGGCGAUCGCAAUUGGAGAGGCCAGAGUACACGUCGCACUAUUAGGAAUGAAGGAAAAAGAUACUGAAUUGCAUGUAGAUUACGUGGGAUGGCUAGACACAGGCAAAAUACUGGGAGAUGAGAAGCGUACAGAUUAUCUCCUCCUGGACACCAAUCACAUGCGAACACUGUAUGCUUACUCACUCGCUCGUUUCAACUACGUUCUUCUUGAAAGACAACUUAAACAAUUUUUAGUGCCGUACAGCGCCGUAGCGUCUAAUAAAGGUUCAAGAUUGGCUCGCCUCAUCCCUCACAUGGCGGUGUCGACGAGCUCUAUAUUAAAAAACCAUGGGUCAAUAGCUGAAAUACUAAAGCCAGUGACAGUAUUCAAGGUUCUCGACUGGUGGGCGACACCAAUGACUGGUUGUCGUAUACAGGCCACGUUCAAGCCUAAAGCGCCAAGUGAAAUACUUCAGCGGAUGACGAGAAAAAACGGUGGUAACACUAACUACAAUAAUGAAAAUAACGUUAUCGAAAUUACGACAACAGAUGCAGAACAAAGCAUGUCACAGAUAUUAGGACAACUAACGACAUUUGUCAAGGUUACAAUGAUAGCUCAUAACUUGAGCAGGAGCAUUUCUCCAAUGAAGCUUCUCGCCAACGAUACAGAGAGCGUGAAGCUGGGGUACCUGGACAGCUACACUGUAGUUUUGAGGUGGAACCCCUUUGUUAAAGGUUUAUAUGCAGACUUUGGUGGUGAAAGUAAUCCCCACACAGCUGUCCAAGAGGACUUGAAUAGGCGGCUACAGGAGUAUAUGAGCGAUAGUAGCUUCUUCUACAGAUUCUCUCAGCUCUUGCUUAAUACUGCUAACUUGACAAACACUACAAAGUCACUCACAAAUGCGACAGUUGAACAAAAAUCUUGCACUUAUCUGCGCGUCAAAGGAGCCAAGGAGAUUGUCGACAUCUUGCUCGUUGAGCGGAGAGUAGUCAUCGUCGAUGGAACACGCUCACUGAAAAACAAAAUAGAACCAAUCAUUUAUUCACGUCUUGUGCACUCUGAAAUGACAUCUCUAGACAGCAUCAAGCAGGAGUUAUUGGACAAGUACCCACAACAAACCAAAAUCAUUGAUUCUGGUGUCGUAUUGAAUGAUAUAAACACCGCAAUAAAAGUAUUACCGUACUUUUUACUUAAAUUAAAUUAA